AGACAAACUCACGAAGAGGAGAAUGAAAGAUCAAGACGCUAUAAAAUUGUUCGUUGGUCAGAUUCCUAGAAGCUUAGAGGAGAAGGAUUUACGACCAGUUUUUGAAGAAUUUGGGCAAAUUUACGAGUUGACGAUUCUGAAGGAUAAGUACACUGGUAUUCAUAAAGGAUGUGCCUUUUUAACGUAUUGCUCAAAAGAAAGUGCUCUGAAAGCGCAAAACGCCUUACACGAACAAAAAACUUUGCCGGGGGUAAGAGACGCCCUUAUGUAUGUUUUUAUAAUAUAGAAAGAGGGUGUGGCACUACACGUUCUCCUCACGUGUAAGAUUCUAAACGAUGUGCUUCCAUAGUAAUUAUAGUAAUUGGCUGACUUACAUUAAUUAAUUCUUCGUAUAUUAAACGCCAGUUACUCUUGAGGGAGAGGAAGGAGGGAAAUUUUUAUCCUAUAAACCUCCUAUUUAGUAAAUCUUUACAAACGAUAUGAGAUAUCUUCAAGCCACAGAGACGCCGCCGGUUAUAAAAUUAUGUUCAAAGAGCCGUUAAAUUAAUUACCGGAGCAAGAAAAACCCGACCAAUUAAUAGUACUAUAUGUCAAAACUUUACCAUCUAUUCGCAUUUACGUUUAUGAGCAUUUGCAUACUGUAUAUACUAAUAUAUAUAUUGAUUACAGUAUGCAUCUAUAUAAGAAGAAACUAUACGGGUCAUAUAAGCCAAGAGAAGCAGUUCUGAGUCCAUUGUGUUUAGUAUGUGAAGUAUUAUCUUUCGCUUUUGUUCAUCCAAUACUACUAAACAGUUACAAUUACAUUAAUUAGCCGGCUAACUAUGAUUAGAAUUUUAGAUUAAGAGAUGCUUGUCAUGGAACAGUAAGAAAAGUACUUCAGAGUAACAAAUAAAAGUCAAUAAAUUCAUUGACAUUAUUUAACAGCUAUUAUUAACAACAGUAUAUCUUUCUGAUUUAUGUCAGUGUUCGUGGCUAUCCCCCUUAAUCAUGUAAAAGAUAUCAUGCAACUUAAAAGGAUAGUAUGUAGAGUUUGAUCCGUACUUUUUAACUAUUGAUCCAUUUUUCUUCACUUAAAUUGUGGUAAUAUAUACAUGCUUUUAUAUUAUGUAGCGUAUUUUUAUAUUAACUGAACAAUGUGUCUUCCAUUCAAUAGCAAAUUUAUAAAGUUACAGACAUGAUAAUUAGAAAAUACAACAUGUAUUUUCACAAAGAAAGCGUAUUAACAAAGAGGCUUUAACCCUUUAAUUCAGCAGGAUUUGUUUUUCAAAAAUAUCCAACUUCAAUCAAGAUAUACCAAGUCAAAAAAAAAGAACGAAAGGAUAAACUAUCUAAUAAAGUAUUUAUAUUUUCUGUAAUGUAUUUUUAGGGAUUAAUGUAUACAGUAAAAAUGAUACAAAGCUGGCCAAUGCUUCUAUUUGUUUUUACGAAGCAGGUUUCUUCAAAUUUAUAUAAAAAUUCUUAAGUAAGAAAGGAAGUUUUUUUUUUGUUUUAAAUCAAUUUAAAAGCCUCUUAUAAAAAAAACUAUCUGUACCAUUUAAUCCCCGUUUUAAGCCGAUUGUAUUCUUGGACAAACAAAUUGUUUGAAACCUUUGAUAAGAGAAAUUUUAUAUAUACGAAUACGUUGUGGGGUUUUUUUUUACUGAAAAGGUUAAUAAGAACUUAGUGCAGCUGACUUACGAAGUGUACUCUUAUAUUUUCGUUGUUUUGCACAUAAUGUAUUGAAAGUUAUAAUUAUUGUUGGAAUAUAGUAUUAUUUACAAACAUUCAAAGGAAAAGAAAGAGUAUGUUUUACACAUACCAGGUGUAAAAUCCAUUCAUGGUCCUUACCUCAGACAUUGUGUAUUGGGAAUUAUGUUACAUUGUCAUUUUACUUUUCCAGGUGCGCUUUGUCAAAGUACAUCCAAUAUAUAAAAUAUAAUUACAAUCAAUCGUUUUAAGUUUACUUCUUACGUUUAAACAGUGAAUUUAUAAUUGCGGACUGAGAAGGUUAUAGAGUAUCGUUUAAAUAGAUUUUAUUAUACCUAUUCUGUUUCUUUCCUCUUCCCUUCCUACCCAUUCUGCUUCCCCCUCCUCUCUCUCUCUCUCUCUCUCUC